AUGUCCUCAGCCGAAGAAUCCCCCGCUCAACGAGCAGCCCGCCUGCGUCGUGAACGUCGCGAAGCCAAAAUCAAAGGCGAUGGAGCAGCUCGUCUAGACAAGAUUACCAGUUUGAGUGGACGGACUCCUGCUAGUCUCCGCGAAGAAACCUCUCCCUCUCCCUCUCCAUCCCCGGCCGCAGCACAACCACAAGCUACCACUACAGCAAUGAGUCCUAGCCCGAGCCCGAGCCCGGCCCCCGAACCUCGCAUUACACAACCCUCUUUCCCAAGCCAAGGGCCCCAACAGCAGCAAGAGAUCGAUCCCGAAACCCUCCAAGCGCAACAGGAGCUCUUCCGCGCCCUGCUCCGCCAGUCUGGCCAGCCGGGCGAGUCACCCAGUGGGAGCCCAGGACCCCAAGGAGCAGCAGGACCAGGAGGGAUGGGAGGACUAGGUGGUGAAGCGGAUGACCCUACCUUGAAACUUCUAUCGAGCUUGAUGGCUGGGGAUACCAGUGCACUCGGCGAGGGUUCUUUGCCUGGAGGUCAGUCGCCAGCGGACUUAUUGACGGGGUUGGGAGUUCCGCCGUUUGUGGCGAGUAUGUUGGGGGAGGCGACGCGGAAGAAGAGUGAUGAGGAGAAGCGGGAGAUUCUGGUGUGGAAGGUGCUGCAUGUGGUGUUUUCUGUGUUGAUUGGGGUGUAUUUGUUGGUGUUGAUUGGGUCGUCGGUGGCGACGUUUGGGAGUCAGCCGCCGCCGCCGGCGACGGCGAGGAAUCCGUUCUUGUUCUUUACGACGGGUGAGGUGGUGCUUACUGGGGCGAGGGUUAUGAUGAAGAGGGGGGGAGGGGGGUUGGGGUUGUGGGUGCAGUUGGUUAGAGAUAUUGCCAGGGAUGGGAGUAUUGUGUUGUUUUUGUUUGGGAUGGCGAAUUGGUGGCAUCGGGAGUGGAUGGCUUAUUAG